UUGCCUCCAGGUGUGAGAAAUUUGACAUCUGAAUGAGCCAUACUCUCACCUUUCUUGGAAGCUUGCUCCAAAUUCUCUUUCUCUGAUGCUACUAUAAGAUCAGCCUCGUUAUGUUGUAAUGAAAUGAUGUUUUCUUUUAUAUCUGGCUGUUCUGGGACUUAUCUGAGGAAAUGAAUGCUUCUCAAAUAAUAGAUGGAGAGCUUUACCAGUUGACCUUGAAUAUCCCCUGAGUCCCUCUCCAGCUGGUUGCUGCCACUAAGCCCCUCUCCUUUGUUUGUUUGGGGUUUUUUUAGUGCUUAUUUAUUUUUGAGAGAGAGAGACAGAGCAUGAGUGGGGGAGGGGCAGAGAGAGAGGAAGACAGAAUUCGAAGCAGGCUCCAGGCUCCAGGCUCCGUGCUGUCGGCACAGAGCCCAAAGUGGGGCUCGGACCCACGAACUGUGAGAUCGUGACCUGAGCCGAAGUUGGACACUCAACCGACUGAGCCACCCACGUGCCCCAAGCCCCCCUCCUUUCUGGAGGGACGCAGACUCAGGAUAGAUCUCACGUAGGUGUUAAACUCAGGCACCUCUUGGUAGUCUGUGGAAUUUGAAUGGCUGGUAGACAAGUUCAGCAGCUGCAGCCUGAGAAGGGCCUGGGACCGGUGGUGGUCCUGCCAUCAGGUAAGCCUCAGAUGCUCAGAGUCGCUAGGUGAGGGUGAAGGGAAAUAGACCGAGGUAAUGAUGAUAAGUUACCAACUUCGGGGGCAGGGGCUGUUUAUCCCACUGACCUUCCCUAAGCUUCCCGCAGGGAAGGCUGGCCCACCGGAACCUGGGAGGGGCGGCCUCGAGGAGUCGCAUGAAGAUUUCUCCAAAGCUGACAGUGUCACAUCACUUGGAUACCCCUUCAGAACCCGAGGACUUGGUCCCCGAGUUGCCAGCGGAGGGCCACGUCCAUCAGCUGAAGAGCGCUCCCUUUCCCAGGUGGUCCAGUGCCUGGAGAGAUUGAAGCAUUGUCCUCUUGGCAGACUUGGCAUAGGCCAAGAAUCUGAGGUUUAGGAGAUGCUAUGGAGAAGCAGGAGCUAGAAAAAUAGUCCACCCCAUUCCAAGCUUCUGCAGAAAAUCCUGGAGUCUGAGGAGAAAGGUGACCCGUCUUGCAUGCCGUCGGAGGCUGUUGGUCAAGGCCGGGCGUGUGGAUCAGUCAUUGCUGAAAGACAGGUGCGCAGAGCCUAGCGGCGGGAGGAAAGAGCACAGUGUGGGCCAUUAAACACCGCUAAUAAAAUAAUCUAACUUUGCCUUCGUGCCUUGGUCUGUGUUGCAGAAGCUGCAGAUCUGGCUGUUUCCUGUCCUGUGUGCACCGUAUGGCUGAGGGCUGGGUCAAAAUCCACUGAAGAUAAAAAAGUAUCCAAAAGGUUGAAGAUUUAGUGCAUGUUUGAUGAUCAGCUGGAACUUAGUAUUUAUAAAACCUUUGGAUUCCAAGCUUCCAACUGCAUUUACACAAGGUACAACAAUGGAUCUUUUCAUAGUUCUGGUGAUUUAUCUUUCUUGUUUGAUUCUUUUUUUCCUCUGGAAUCAAAACCAUGCCAAAGGGAAGCUACCACCUGGCCCCACUCCUCUGCCAAUCGUUGGAAAUAUUCUGCAGAUAAAUACUAAUAAUGUAAGCAAAUCCAUAAGCAAGCUAGCAGAGAGUUACGGCCCUGUGUUCACUGUGUACUUUGGCAUCAAGCCCACUGUGGUGAUAUACGGAUAUGAAGCAGUAAAGGAAGCUCUAAUUGAUCAGAGUGAGGUGUUUUCUGGCAGAGGCCCUUUCCCAGUGCUGGACAAAUUCAUCCAGGGAUUAGGAAUUAUUUUCAGCAACGGAGAGCAGUGGAAGCAAGUCCGGCGUUUCUCCCUCAUGGUUUUGCGGAAUAUGGGCAUGGGGAAGAAGAGUAUUGAAGACAGAAUUCAAGAGGAGGCCUUGUAUCUGGUGGAAGCAUUAAAAAAAACCAAUGCAUCUCCCUGUGAUCCUACUUUCCUUCUGGGCUGUGCUCCCUGCAAUGUGAUCUGCUCCGUUGUUUUCCAGAAUCGUUUUGAGUAUGAUGAUGAGAAAUUUUCAAUCUUGAUAAAUUAUUUUCAUGGAAACCUCCUAAUUUCAAGCAACUCCUAGAUACAGCUUUGCAAUGCUUUUCCUCUUUUAAUACACUUUCCAGGAUGUCACAAUGUGUUACUUAAAAACAUUGCUAACCAAUGUAAGUUUAUUGUGGAAAAAAUAAAAGAACACCAAGAAUCCCUGGACCUCAGUAACCCUCGAGACUUUAUUGACUACUUCCUGAUCAAAAUAGAAAAGGAAAAACACAAUAAACAGUCUGAAUUUACCAUGGACAACUUGAUCUUUACUGUCUGGGAUGUGAUUAGUGCAGGAACAGAGACAACGAGCACCACCCUGAGGUAUGGACUCCUGCUCCUGCUGAAGCACCCAGAAGUCAGAGCUAAAGUCCAGGAAGAGAUUGACCGUGUGGUUGGCAGACACUGGAGCCCCUGCAUGCAGGACAGGAGCCACAUGCCUUACACAGAUGCUGUGGUACAUGAGAUCCAGAGAUUCAUUGACCUCGUCCCCAACAGUCUGCCCCAUUCAGUGACUCAGGACACUAAGUUCAGAGAAUACCUCAUUCCCAAGGGCACAACCAUAUUAACAUCUCUGACUUCUGUCCUGCAUGAUGACAAAGAGUUUCCCAACCCAGAUCAGUUUGAUCCUGGCCACUUCCUGGAUGAAAGUGGCAACUUUAAGAAGAGUGACUACUUCCUGGCUUUUUCAGCAGGAAAGAGAGUUUGUAUUGGAGAAGGCCUGGCCCGCAUGGAGCUGUUUUUACUACUGACCAACAUUUUACAGCAUUUUACGUUGAAAUCUGUGGUUGAUCCAAAGGACCUUGAAACUGCCCCAAUUGUCAAUGGGGUGGGUGCUGCACCGCCCGUAUAUAAGCUGUGCUUCAUUCCAGUCUGAAGAAAGGUCAGGCCUCAUGUGAACAAGCCAGAUGCUUUCUGUCCUGUGUGUUAGCUGUAUGACAUUCCUGACCCUGUCUCUUCUAAUUUUCCUCAUCCUUUCAGAUUCAGUUCAGAUUUCCCCACAUGGAACAAAAACUCACUUUCCAAUAAAAUUCUUUUUGUAAUUGUGA